AUGUUGAAGUUUGUGCUGCUUUUAAGCUGCGUUGUUGCUGUCUUUGCACAGGAACGACUCACUGUGACAAUCCCACAAGGACAACUUUCAGGUAUCCGAGUGUCAACUGGAAUUUUACAGCCUCAUUUUUGGGCAUUCAGAGGCAUUCCUUUUGCUGAACCACCUGUUGGACAAUUGAGAUUCCGCAAUCCCGUAGCACAUCGUGGAUGGGGUGGCGUAUUAGACGCAUCAAGUUACGGACCAUCAUGCCCACACCGACCAUUAGCAGGCAUGCCUGUACCAAAUUCCGAUGAGGAUUGUUUAUACUUGAAUGUUUUUACACCGUCUACAACUGGAAAUCGACCUGUUAUGGUAUGGAUUCAUGGAGGAGCUUUUACAUUAGGCGAUGGAAGCAGUCAAAUUUAUGGACCGGAUUUUCUUGUGAAUGAUGGUGGAGUUAUUGUCGUAUCAAUGAACUAUAGACUUGGUAUAAUGGGAUUCUUGUCAUCUGGUGACGCAGCAGCUCAAGGAAAUUGGGCCAUGAAAGAUCAGAUUGAAGCAUUGAGAUGGGUCAGAAACAACAUCCAACACUUUGGCGGAAACCCUAAUUCUAUUACCGUAUUUGGAGAAAGUGCUGGUUCAGUCAGCGUUCACUAUCUUUUACUCACACAAAUGGGAGCAGGUCUGUUCCAGAGAGCCAUCAUGCAAUCGGGUACAGCUAAUGUUCCUUGGGGAUUCCAAACUGAUCCAGUUGCUCAAUAUACUGCUUUAGGACGAAGACUUGGACUCACUUGGUCUAGUUCACAAGACUUAGCCAAUCAAUUGAGAACAUUAUCAUGGCGCACAAUUAUGGAUGCACAGACAGGAUUGAUGGACAUGCCAGUUCCUCGAGGAUUCCAAUCAUUUGCAUGGGUUCCAUGUGUUGAACCUGCAAAUUCACCCGAAGAACGAUUCCUUGUUGAUACACCAGUCAAUAUAAUGACAAGAGGACAAGUUAUGACUGUUCCAAUGAUUAUUGGAUACACAAGUGAUGAAAGCUUAUUCAUGAUACGUGAAGCCUUGCUAGACAAUACCGUGUUUGAUCAAUUUGCUAACAAUCCACACUUCUAUGUCCCACAAUCAUACAACUUAAAUCCCGUAACACAAUCAGCUCAGGUCAAUGAAGUUGCAACAACAUUCCGAAAUUCUUAUAUGGGUGGACAACAUCCAAACGAUGCAAUUCGCUAUAAUUGGACUACAUACUGCACCGACCAUCAAUUUUCAUUCUUUGUUGACAGAAGUGUACGCUAUCAUGUUAGACGACAAACGCAGCCUAUUUAUUAUUACAAGUUUAGCUACGAUGGCUCAUUGAAUAUGAUGAAACGGUUGAUAUUGCUUGCUGAUUAUCCUGGUGCUAUGCAUGCCGAUGAUAUUUUCUACUUAUUCGAUGUCUCAAACUUCCCAAUGCCAAUCCUCCCCAACAACCAAGCAAUCACGAUAAGACGAAGAAUGGUCCGAAUGUGGUCUAACUUUGCAACAUUCGGUGAUCCAACUCCAGUCACAGAUUCUCUAAUUACAACUCGCUGGGCUCGAUAUACGUUGGAUGGUCAGAAUUAUUUGGAUAUUGAGGCUGAGUCAGUUAACAGAAAUAAUCCACAAAAUGGACGCUUAACACAAUGGCACACCUUCCAAGAUCGCUUCAAUCCAUCAUAUCCUGGUUAA